AGAAACCAGCAAGCAAAUCAUGGCGGACCUACCCCGACCGAGAGUCAACCCUUCACGACCGUUCACAAAUACAGGAGUGGACUUCACUGGACAUGUAGAGGUCAAGGCUAACAAGGGACGGGGGGUUAAAACGACGAAAGGGUACAUAGCUGUAUUCGUCUGCCUUGCGACAAAGGCAGUGCAUCUUGAGCUGGUGUCUGACUUAAGUACACCUGCGUUCCUGGCGGCAUUCCGACGGAUGGCCGCUCGCCGUGGCACUCCUCGGCAUGUUUACUCGGACAACGGUACCAACUUUGUUGGAGCUGACAAGACACUGAGACAAGAAUACAAAGCAAUCCUUGACACUAUUGACACAUCAUUCAUCAAAAGCAUCAAUGAGCUCGGCGUCACCUGGCACUUCAAUGCGCCUUCCUGGCCCAGCGCUGGCGGGUUAUGGGAAAGCGCCGUAAAGAGCAUGAAGUUCCACCUGAAGCGGGUCCUGGGACACCAAAAGCUGACAUAUGAGGAGUUCAUUACAUUGUUACACCAAAUCGAGGCGUGCAUGAACUCCCGACCAUUGUGCCCCCUGUCUGAAGAUCCUGAUGACGAAGUUCUCACACCUGGACAUUUUCUGGUGGGUGACUCACUGCUAGUAAGGCCACAAACCGAUCCUGAUAACAUUAACUUAUCAGCUCGAUGGCACCUUGUGCAGACUAUGAACAAGCAGUUUUGGAGAAAGUGGUCAAACACGUACCUCCAACACCUACAAUCCAGAUCAAAAUGGAGACAACCUAGUGAGAAUAUGAAGGUCGAUGACAUUGUCGUUAUUAAAGAAGACAACAUGCCACCUGGGAAGUGGGCUAUUGGACGUAUCACUGAAGUUCACCCCGGGAAAGACGGCUUUGUGCGAGUCGUAAGUGUGAAAACACAACACAACGUCAUAAAGCGCCCUAUCACUAAGCUUGUUAAGCUGCCUGUCCACAACGACUCACAACGUGAUCAAGAACAUAUACCAAAGGGUAACCAGAACCAAGGACAGCAUCGACGUGUUGGCGGCAGCAAGAAGACAUCUAUGAGUAACUUUAUAUUCCUAACACUUGUUGCAUUCAUGUCAAUAUUAUCACCAAGUAUGCAACAGGAUAUAAACCUCUUUAAAAUCACCGCCAUCGAUGAAAGCCAGAAUUUAUAUUUUGAUAAAAUAUCAGAUUUACGACACAUCAAGGACGAGUGGAAGUUAGUCAUGUAUUACAACAUGACAUCUUAUUGGCAAGGGCUCUCGGCGAUAAAACAGUACGUCACUCAUGUGAAGUCAUUGUGCUACGUAAAUACACCUCACGAUAGUGCCGUGACGCAACUGCAACAUGAGAUCAACGAAAUCGAACACUACAACAACUUACUGCGUUAUAAAAACAAACGAGUACGAAGAGGCCUUUUGAAUGGCGUUGGCUACUUGGCAAGUUCAUUAUUUGGAGUUCUUGACGAAAGAUUUGCUGAUCAAUACAGAAGGGACAUAGAAGCGAUCACUCACAAUGAAAAUCACCUUCAAACCCUGAUAAAAAAUCAGACACUUGUGAUUGAAUCUGAAUACAACAUCAUCAAACGGAAUGAAGAAAUAAUGAACAAACAAGUUAGCUUUAUUAAGGACACACUUAAAAAUGUCACCUGGGAAGUUGGUCAAGUGCGACUAGACAAUCAAAAUAGCAACUACCUCAUUUCAUCGUCUUUAGCUGCAAGCAUUAUCCUGACAAACCUGCGACGUAUGCAAGAUGUGUUGCUUAACACAGUCACGGAUAUAAGUCAUGGUUACAUAGACAUACACUUGUUUUCGCCUGAACAACUAGAACAUCAAGUUAACAUUAUAUCUGGACAAUUGCAUGGAGACCUCGCAUUACCGACCGACAUAAACGAUAUAAGACAGCUUUACAAACUUCUAAAGGUAUUCGCGAGAGUCAUUGAGAACUACCUUAUCAUCGAAGUCAGAGUUCCUCUCGUAAGCAAUGAAGUAUACGAGUUAAACAAGAUUAUCACUGUGCCCGUAAGGGAGCGAGGAAAGAUGCGCUAUGUCAUAUCUCCUUAUCAAUACAUAGCAUUCGACCUCAAGAAAGACACUGCUUUCCUUUUGGCGGAUCAUCAUUUACAAACUUGCAUUUCUACCCAAAGGGAUACUAUUCUCUGCUCCUUGGAUGAACCACUAUAUGACUUAAAAAUAAAGAGUUCAAUCUGCAACAUAAAACUAAUUGUAAAUGAUGUCACUACAAAUGAAUCACCAUGCUUAUCACUCGUAGCGCCGUGCACAGCCGACAAGUGGAUCAAGUUACACCCGCAAAACAGCUGGUUGUACUCAUGUUGCGACAAAUGCAUGGUGCGCAUAUUCUGUGCUACGGGAACAGCUGUGCAUAGUUUAAAGGGAACUGGAGUUAUAACGCUAGGUCAAGGUUGCGUGAUUAAAGGCGAAACCUUCACUAUUCGUUCACACAACCAAUUCUUGAGCAAGAUGCAUCAGCAAAUGGACAUUGUGGAAGUCCCGAAGACAUCUAUACUGAAUACCAUCAUCAACAGUAGUUAUAUAGACUCAUCCAUCCCUGUCGAAGAUCACCAGUUGAUAUACAAUCAGUUGCAAAAGGACAUUGAUCAGCUAAAGGGAAAAUCUUCCGAACAAAUCAAUGCUCAUGACAUUCAUCACUAUGCUGCUACCUACAUCCUACUAGCAUCAAUUCUGAUUAUUACAUGUUGCGCUGUUUACUAUUGGAGACGUCGUAAACAGGGCCUCCCUGCGCCGACUAUUGAAGAAGAAACCAUUCCUCACGCAGUCAGCACGUUCAGCAUCGAUCGAGGGACAUCAACUUCUCCUAUAACUACGCAACGAUUCAAAGUGCCUACUAUUAAUGUUUAACCUCAACUUUAUUGUUAUUAUGUCCUAUUUUUUUUAUUAUUUGUUUGUUUCUUUUAAAUGGGCAAGAUGUACGAGUCAUCGUAUCAUGUUUCGACACUAUAAUUAAUAAAACAGUGCAAAUUAGCCACUCGGCGGAAUCGGUCGUUUUCAUUGACAAUACCUUUUCCCCUACAUCUCGACAUUUUCUAUCACCUUUGACUUCCUAUCAAUUAUCCUAUCACUAAAUGUAGAGAUCACUACAUAGGUUUUUUUAUCUGUCU